UAUCAUUAACAGCAUCAGGGGUUAAACAAGGUAAAUAAAGAUCAGUCCCAGCUCUUUCCAGACCGUUUCACUUUAUGUGUAUAAUAAGGCGCAAGAAUAAGUCAAUUACAUAAUUAAUGUACAUAUUAUUUUCAAUGGGAUUAAAAAAUAACACAACGUCCAGUUCUUUCAAAGUGAUCUAGCCCGAGUUGGCCUCUUUCUUCAUAUGACUUUGCAAAUCAGUCCAAAAUGUUUUUACAACAGGACAUAACCGAAAUAAAAGCUGUAAGGUUUCGGCGGGAAACUGUCACGGCAGCCGUGCGCGCGCGCGUACCUGGAGCCUCUUCCCCCGAGCUCGCGCCAGGUAAAGCGCCGUCAGACUGGAGGAGGGUCGCGCCGUCUCCCGACAGACAAUUUAAAAGAAAAACCCACUGACGACUCAAACAAGAGGAAAGCCGGUGGGCCCGUCUGGUUCCUGGGACUCUCCCCCGGGCUGUGUCUGUGUGACAGGGCCGGGGCUGCCCGUCUACAUACCGCAGAAACUCGCCGAAAUCACGGGCGGGUGAGUCCCUCGUGAGUCACACAGCCUCACUUCACUGGAGAAAGAGCAGAAGCAUGAAGAGAGGAGGAAGACAGCAGCCAGGCGGAGUGAAUGACAUGGAUCUGUCCAGGGAGCCGCAGGAGACUCGCACCCUGAGCUUAAAGCAACUGCAUGGGUCUCUGCCCACAGCAGCCCACCUGGUGGUCCAGCAGUGCCCACUGCACGGCCAGCUCUUGCAGAGCUACUGCCUCACCGACAGGGCCUGCGUCUGCCAGACUUGCGCUGCCGGCGUCCUACACUGCCACCAUGAGGUCGUGAGCGUCCAGGAAGCACAGACACGCCUGGGGCUGCUGCUCUCGGUACGGCGGAGUGACCUUGACCUUGACCACCGGGCAGGACUCUGCAGGGCGCGGGCGGAGAGGGCGAGGGAGAGCAAGGAGGCCGUGAGGGCUGCCAACCGCCAGCUAAGAGAGAGCGCUACCACCCAGCUGGAUGCAGCCAUCACAGCUCUGGGGCAGUACAAGGUUGAAGUGCUGGCCGCCAUCGAGGAGGAGCACCGGAGGAUGGAGGAUAAUGUCCAGGAGAACCUGCAGACGCUAGCGAACCAGGAGGAAGUGGUCCAGACAGCCCAGCACUCGGUCGAGCAGGCGCUGGCCCAGACUGACCCCUUCCUCUUCGCCUGGGGGUUCUCCGCUGUGGAACGUGCGCUGAAGGAGGCAGAGGGGCUGAACCUCGGUCCCGCUGUAGAGCAGCCGCCCCAGAUGGACAGGGCUCGUCUGCGGAAGCGGCUGGACAGGAGGGGCGCCCGCAUGCAGGAGCAGUGGACUCAGCUUCAGAGCUCCCUCAUUUCUCUGGUGGAUCCCCAAUCUACCUGCAGGGCAGUGGUGGCAGCUGCGCCCCCAACACCCCCAACACCCCUCACUCCCCCCGCAACCCAGCACCUUGUUACUGAGCUAACCCUGCGUCAGACAAUACCCCCUGGAGUAUUUACCAUCUCAUGCGAUUUGAAAAGUGCGUCCCUUAACGUGAAGAUCCACCGGGCCCAGACAGUCAACCGCCCCACGGUUCUGGCUGAGAAGUUCUUUCCCGGGUCCGGUGGGAUGCUGUGCUGGCAGGUGAAACUCCAUGACGACUGUGACUGGACGGUCGGGGUGUUCUGCGCCUACAUCACAAACGGAUACGGGCUGCGGUACUCAAACUCACAGUACAAAUGUGUGAGUCCAGCUGGGAUUCAGCUCCUGAAGAAGGUCAGUUACAGGCCAGCUGAGGAGGUCUUGGAAGUGCGUCUGGACCAGAAAUCAGGCCGACUUUCUUUCUACACUGUGAGAUGGAAGUUCGGCCCUCAAAUCCUCGCAGAGCUAACGAUAUCAGACACACACAAGCGGUUGCCUGUGAUUCCUUACUUCACCCUGGAGAAGAGCGAUGCCGAUAUUCUGAGUCCCUUCUGUGAACUGCAGUGGUGACCCCUUCAGCAGCCUGAAACACAGGGACCAGCUCUUACUCGCUCCAGGUGCUGCCCAGUGUGAAAGAGCAGGUCUGCCACUUCUUGUCUUCGCCUUCUGUAUAUUCAGUCUUCGGUUUUUGUAAUCUGAACCCCCUGCCAGUCAUUUGUGUAUGGUUGUAAUGUUAGAUUGACAGCAUUAACUCAAUGGUGCUUUUUGUACUUUAACCCUAUGAAUAUCAUGUAACAGGAAGUAUUGUUAGUAAUGAGCUUUAAUCAUAUCAAUCUGCUGCCAUCGACUUGGCUCCUGCCUGAGAAAGCUUUGCCUAUGAGUGAAAGUGUCUUUAUUAUUCAAUCAUAUGGUGUUACGUAACUGUAUUUUAUAUCAUACUCUCAACCUCACGUUAUUGAUGAAUGUUGUCGUUUACUAGCCUAGCCUGACAUUUAUAGUAGUGACGUAGUUAAUAUAUUUUAUUAUGUGUAGCCAAAUAUUUUCAAUAAAGUAUAAGAGAUACAAACUGUCUAUGAAUAUUAGUAACUGAGUUUGAUGUUGUAUCUCUGAAUUUCAAACUUACAUGCCUCUUUAUUGGCCAUAUACAAUUUUUUGCAUUAGGAUUUUGUCUUUUUCACAUGCUCAUGGAUAAGGCACUGCCCUCCUAAGCCUGGGAUUGUGGGUUCGAGUCCCAUCUGUGGCGUCUUGUUUUAAGAGCUCUGUGAUGAGUGAACAACUCCUCCGUUUUCCUUUAAGAGCUGUUCCGUGCCUCUAUAGCAAUCUGCAGUUCACGCAAGAUCAGAAAAAAUAAAAAAUAUUUUUUUAGAGUUCACCGAUCAGAUGUCUUAUAAAAACCAGUCUAAGGUGCUGUGUCCAGCUUAAAGUUUCCCCUAGAGGCGUGAGCUUGAAUCCGACUCCUGCGAAGGAGCUUUUGUCAUGCUGUCUUGUAGGACUGCAAAUGAAAAAAAUCACUAACGUGGGAAAUGUUUUCACAACAUCUCGCAUUUCGCGUGUCAAACGUUCAUGACCUGCUGCAUUCUUUUAAAAUCUCAAAAAUAAAACUGGAAUAACCGAGUCCGUAGAUGUUAGUGCGUGAGAAGGAGCAGUACCGGUACCACGGCUGGAAACAGGUUUUACAGGCAUUUCUGAAAAUUAUCAAAAUCAAAGCCGAAGCCUGAAAUAAUCAAGAGAGAACGCUGUGUCCGUUACAAAUCGGUUUGAAUCCCACUCCUGAAACAGAGCUUUUCUCAGGUUGUCUCGUAAGACUACAAAUGAACGAAUCACCAAAGUACGUGGCAAAUUUUUUUUUACAAUAUGCUUGGAUUUGGAUCUGCCUGUGUGCCUCACCAAUACUUUUUCUCUUUGUUGCUGCUCCGAGUCCGUCUUUGAAAUCCCACCUCGCACAAGUCCUUCUGGCUUGAGACCGUGACGUGUAUUUCUGUGUCAGUGGAUUCAAGCACAGAGGUCUUUUCAAGGAAACAAAGGGACAGUGGCGUAGGGUCGGUGAGGCUUUCUGUAGGAGUGUGGGUAUGAAGUGGGAAACUGCUCGCAGUCCUGAGUGGGUACCCUCGCAAGCUCACCAGAUAA